AUUAGAUAGAGGACCACGGCGCUUGUCAGGCUAUCACCAAUCACUAAGAUGUCAACGUGGAGGCGACGGUCAAAAUAUAAUUGCAAAGCAAAUCGAGAAGACAAACAUGUCCACAGAGGCCCAGACAGAGUGGAUAUACUAACAUUUAAAUACAAGGAAAUGUGUAAAAUGGACUCAAGCUCUGAUUCAGAGUCCGACGCGAGCCCUAGGUGGUCAGACACCAGCAGCAAGGGCAAUGUCAGCAGUGCAGCAGAAAGAAAAGCUGCACAGAAACUGCCAUCAAUGACACACAAACCAACUGGAUGGCAUAAUGUGUGUAUAGAUCCGUAUGAUGGAAGCUCAGAGGAUUCCUGCACCUCCACGAAUGAUUCCAGACGGCCAAAGAAGGGCAGCUGCCGGUUUUGGGUAAAGUUCCGGAGAGGGUCAGCCAUGCAUGGCCCUCUCCCCAAGGAGGUGAAGAGGAGUGGCCCAGCUGAUGGUGCAGGAGACAUCCACAUGUUAAGCGACCCAGAGAUUGAUAUCACCAACCAGAAGGGACACUGGCCAUCUAGCGAUGUGAACGGUUCAGAGGCAAAGAUGUUAGAAGAUAGCGGCGUGUUCACCAAAUCUCUUUCUGACUCACCUAGCCCCGUGCUGUUGACUGAUGGAGGUGAUUGUGUGCAGUCUUUGCAUGGUCCAUCCAAUGAAAACAGUCAAGAGACAGGAACACAGCCACCUGACUAUAUCUCAGGUCAUGAUUCACUUUUCAAAAGGAAGCUGUUUCCUGCCCAGGGUGAAAUGGGGUAUUGGAACAGGAAAAGGCAAUGUGUGACUAAAAUGGGCAGAGAGAGCAACAGUCCUUAGUGAAAUGAAGGAGCCACAAGAUCAAGCACUGAAACAUUUUGAGUUACCUUAUAGACUACUUACACUGUAAAUAAAGCACUUGGUGGUACACUUAUGUAUUUUAGUUGUUAAUACUAUUAAUGAAAUGAGAACAAUACAUUAAUUACUACUAAAUAUUUGUUUAAGUUGAGAUCUUACAGAAUAGUAGAGAUAAGAAAAUGUUGAGGUGUAUUUUGAAUCAUGGUUCUGAUCUCCAUUGGGAAAUUAAAACUGGUAUGAAUCACAUUUGGUUGAAUGAUGGGAACAUAAAAAAUGUUCCAGGUUUUAGACUAGCUGG